UGCGCUUGCAAUGCCAUCAGUUGAUAUUCUUUCGUGAGACGGCAAACUAAACUCUCUCUGUCUGAUGAUGAAACUCGUUCUGCAGCUCUUCCUUACGUUGAUUGCGAUCCUACUCUUGGCCAUUUACCAGGCUGAGGGCCAAUUCAAUCCCAUCUCUGGCUGCGACACGAAAGGCUUUUGUGUCUGUGCCGGGCAUGCGGCUGGCGAUGUGGUUCCUGAUUGCACGGAUUGCACCAGAUACUACUUGUGUGGCGUUAACACCAUCGAUCGCAUUCUCUGCCCAGCUGGACAAGUGUUUGACAUCAAUGUGCUAGCUUGUGUGCCGGGCUCGUGUCCACGCAUUGAUGGUGAAUGUCCUGCUCCUGAACCAUCACCGACUCCAUCACCGAGUCCAACUCCGAGUCCAUCACCGACUCCAUCACCGGGUCCAUCGCCAAGCCCAUCACCGAGUCCAAGUCCACCAAGUCCUACUCCGAGUCCAUCUCCGAGUCCGUCGCCAUGUCCUGCUCCUUGUCCAUCGCCGAGUCCUGCUCCGAGUCAUUGUGAAAACCAAGAAGUGAGUUGCCAAUUUCCUGGCCAGAUUAUACCAAAUGCCGAGCAUUGUCGCCUCUUUUGGACCUGUGUGGAGUUGUGUCCCGUGUUGGGCUUCUGUGAGUUGGGCAUGUGGUUCGACCGCGAUAAUUUCGUUUGCAACUAUCAAUGCUAUGUGCGCAACUGUCCGGCGGGCAGGGAUUAAACACACAUACACUCACACACACACACAUAUAGUAAAACUUACGCCAUGCCAAAUGGCGCAAAUUUACUUUUAACGCUCAUUAAACUGCAAUUGGCUCCAUGAAAACAUGAAAACGACUACAACAACAGCAACAACAGCAACAGCAACGACGGGCAACAACAAUAGUGUUGCAAUAAUAUACGCAAAUUGCUUGACACAAUUUUUUCGCUUACGGACAAAAGGCGGGUGGGCGGCUGCUGUGCGCAUGUGUGUGUGUGUGUGUGUGUGUGUGAAAGAGUAGAGUGUGUUUGUGUGCGUGUUGUUGGGGCCAGACUGGCAACAAAUUUAGCACGCAACUAACAAUUUUAGCUGCUCCAGAUACAAGCUAGCAACACACACACACAGAGACACGCACACCACAAGCGCAAACACCGACACACCUUGCUGCAAACAAAAGCAAACAAAUUGAAGAAAUAAACGCCAACAACGGCAACAAAACGAAGACGACAUACCCUUCAUUCCAGCACUUUCGACUCUUCUUUUUGCACUUUACACAAGUUUUUCAACACUUUUUAGUAAACAAAAUUUCGUUUAAUUCAAAACGACUUUUGCUUAUUGCACUGCUUUAUCGAUAACUAACGAUAAAAAGCUCGAUGAUUGACGAUCUGCUGCAAUGUUGCCAACUUAACUUUUUCUAACGCAAUAAAUUGGCAAC